CUGCGGAACGAAAAGUGCGUGUAUAUGCAAUUUCCGGUAAUAUUGGACACAUGUAUUGGUCUAGUUGUAUAUUUUUUCACAAUACACCAUCUGAAUAAUGAGUACACAGCGAGGAAACGCGAAGAAAAGACCACAGAAAUAUCAAAACAAAACAGCUUUUAAAAAUGACUUGCACGAUCGUACACCAAAAAUGGAACAAAUUAAGAAAGUCCAAGUCACAGGGGCUUGUCAACACUGUAAAGAUGUGAUAGAAUGGAAGAUCAAGUACAGAAAAUUUAAGCCUUUGACUACACCCAAGAAAUGUACAAAAUGUCUGCAAAAAGCUGUUAAGCAGUCCUACUUCAUCAUAUGUGUUCCUUGUAUGACGAAACUUCAAGUUUGUGGAAAAUGUGGACAGAAGAAGGAUAUAACAGAACAACCGGGUCUAUCAGAGGCAGAACAGAUGUCACAACAGAGCCAGUCUGAUGCAGAAUUAGAACUUCUGACAGAAAGACAGAGAAGGCAGUUUUUACGGUUACAAGCCAGUGGACAGUUGACAAGUGAAAGCUUGAAGCACCUGAAAGAAAACGACUGUGAUGAUGACUCUGAUGAAGGUGAUGAUGAUGAAAAUGAUGACGAUGAUGAAGAUGACGAUUUACUGGAGGGGAUAAAACCUGCAGAAAAGUUGUGUGAUGUGGACAUGAAUAAACUUCAGAUAGACAAGGAAACAACUGUUUCAUGAUAAGGACUGUGAUAGAACUUGGAAAUUUGUUUUGUAAUGACAAAAUCCAUGUACUUGAGAGGAUUUUGGUAGAGUGACCCACUUUCAUGCAUAAAGUCAACAAAUAACAUUACUCACUAUUACUAAAGUAAAGCAGGAUUGAACUAUACAAUACCUGUUUGUUAAAGGUACAAUGAUUGACCCAAAACAAAACACAGCUGUGAUGUCAUCCAUUGUUAUUUAAAUAUUUUGAAUGAUUUGGUUAGCAACAGAAUAACAAUGAUAACAACCUAUAAACAAAUGGUCAUCUGGAUCUUAACAUAUAGCUUAUGCGUAUCUAUAAUGUAAUCAGGGGCGUAGCUCCCUAUAUGCGGGUACGCAAGUGCAUACACAUAUACACAUAAUUUAAAAAAAUAAAUAAAAUAUAAAAUCCAGAAGC